CGCCUCCAUCGCUACACAGUACCAGACAUGGCGGCGGAUCUAAACCCGGACUGGCUCUCUUGCCUACCUUCUUCUUGGAGUUAUGGGGUAACCAGGGACGGAAGAGUAUUCUUCAUCAAUGAAGAAGCAAAGAGUACAACCUGGUUACAUCCCAUUACUGGAGAAGCCGUUGUUACGGGACACAGAAAAACUCCAGAUCUUCCAACAGGAUGGGAAGAAGGAUACACAUUCGAGGGAGCCCGCUGCUUCAUAAAUCACAAUGAGCGGAAGGUGACCUGCAAGCAUCCUGUCUCUGGCAUCCCUUCCCAAGACAACUGCAUCUUUGUUGUCAACGAACACGUGAAUUGUGGAAAGCUUGUCCACCCUGUUGUAAACAGACCAGCGCAGAACGCGCCCACGAGCACUGAGAAAAAGGAGCGACCCACGAGCACCAUGAGCGAAGCGUCAAACUACACGGGCGGCUCGGACUACACCACCUACGCAGGCAGCCCGGUUGCCAGACAAUCAAGGCCCUCCAAGAAAGUCCACAAUUUCGGAAAGAGGUCAAACUCCAUAAGGAGGAACCCAAAUGCUCCAGUAGUCAAAAGCAGCUGGCUUUACAAACAGGACAGCACGGGAAUGAAGAUGUGGAAGAAGAGGUGGUUCGUGCUGUCGGACAUGUGUCUGUUCUACUACAAAGAUGACAAAGAAGAAUGCAUCCUUGGAAGUAUCCUCCUGCCGAGCUUUCACAUAUCCUUGCUGUCCGUGGACGACCACAUAAGCAGGAAAUACGCCUUUAAGGCGACGCACCCCAACAUGCGGACGUACUACUUCAGCACAGACAACGCCAAAGACAUGGAGUCCUGGAUGAAGGUGAUGACGGAUGCUGCGCUGGUCCACACGGAGCCGGCCAUCACUAGGCUGGAUAAGUCGAAGGGCGACUAUCGGAGCCCUCAGGAGAUGAACAACAUGCUGAACCACCGGGUCCUGACCCGGCCCGAGAUCCAGAACAACGAGCGCAACCGGGAUCCGUCCCGCUCGGAGGAGAAGAAGCCCAAGGUUCUGGAGAAGCCCGGCAAGCAGAAGGAGCACAGCCACCGCUGCACCUUGCAGCGAGACGGCGACAGGUACACACUGCAAAAAGACGGAGAGAGAUACACCCUGCAAAAAGACGGAGACAGGUACUCCCUCCAGAAGGAUGGAGAACGCUACUGCCUGCAGAAGGAAGGAGAGAAGUACACACUUCAGAAGGACAGCGACAGACAUGCUCUGCAGAAAGAGGAAGAGAUGUACGCUCUCACGAAAGACGCAGAGCAAUAUGCACUCCAGAAAGAAGCAGACAAUUACGCUACACACAAGGAGAUCGAGAAAUAUGUCCUCCAGAAAGAUGGAGAGAGACACACCCUUAAGAAAGACAGUAGAUACGCCGUGCAGAAAGACGGACAAGUGUACGCUUUGCAGAAGGAUGGGCAGCUGUACGCCUUGCAGAAGGAUGGGGAGAGACUGACCUUACAGAAGGAUACUGAGAGAUACAUGGUCCACAAGGAUGCAGAGAGACACACACUCCACAAAGACUCAAAGAGGUACGCUUUGCCGAAGGACACGGAGACUUACGUCUCUCAGAAGGACAUCGAGAGGUACCCCCUGCAGAAGGAAGGCGAGAAGCUGGUGUCGCCGCGGGAUGGUGAGCGACCGGGCGCCCAGCGUGACAGCGAGCGUAGCUAUGGCUACCAGCGCGAGCCGUCGGCGGAGCCCGCGCGGCCGGUGGCCAAGAUCAACAGCAUCAAGCUGCAGCCAGAGCAGGCGGCCGCCAUUGCCGCCGCAGUCUCCUCCUCGCGUCAGCUCCAGCUCCAACUCCAACAGCAGCAGCAGCAGCAGCAGCAGGUCGCCCAGCAACAGCAACAGCAGCUCCAGCAGCCCCAUAAGCCGGCCCAGCAUAAUGGCUCCGGGGAGCGCAGCCCGCUGGGGGACGUGGCGCUCGCGCAGCAGCAGCAGCCCACCAGAGCUCCAGGCCAGGGCCAGGGCCAGGGGCCGAGCCAGACUCACACCCAGCAGCAGCAGCCGCCGCCGGGCCACGAGCCGGAGAGGAACCUGCAGAGGACCAACUCCAUGCAGCAGCUGGAGCAGUGGGUGAGGGCCCACCCAAGGGUGCGGCCCGGUGAAGACGACACCAGGAGCAUAACCUCCUAUCAGACGCUGCCGAGAAACAUGCCCAGCCAUCGGGCGCAAGUGUUGCCGCGCUACCCGGAGGGCUACCGGACACUGCCACGCAACAGUGGCACAGCUCGGCCUGGAAGCGUGUGUGGCUACCCCACCUCGGCCUACGAGCGCGGAGGCAGCGGCAGCAGCAGCAGCGGCGGUGGCAGCGGCUCCCAUCAUCACACCCUCACCACGGCGACGGCGUCAGAGAAGCGGCGCUCCAUGCGGGACGACACCAUGUGGCAGCUGUACGAGUGGCAGCAGCGGCAGGUGAUGAGCCAGCGGCAGGCCUACGCCACGCUGCCCAGCCCGCGCACCAUGGCCGACAUCGCCGAGCAUGUGGCGGCGGCGGUCCCUGGUGCCCGUGGCAGCAUCGCCCAGUCCAUCCCGCCCUCUCCUUCGCACGCUUCAAUGGGCGGAGGCCUCUACCACACCUACUCACCGCGCCGCUCCUCACACAACCACGCCACACGCUCCGAGCUGUCCUCGCCUAUCUACCGCGGUGACCUGAGCAUUGACCGGCGGCACAGAGCCCACCCCAACAAGUAUGCCUACCCCACUGACCGGAGGUCCGUGCCCAUGGGAAUGCCAGUCCAGAGCAUCACCCCCCAGUCACUCCAGGGCAAGACGCCUGAGGAGCUGACCCUGCUGCUGAUCAAACUGCGGCGGCAGCAGGCCGAGCUCACCAGCCUCCGGGAGCACGCGCUAGCGCAGCUUAUGCAACUAAACCUCGACGCCGACAACCCAAAGAGUGAUAUUCUCUCCCAUCACCUCCAGAGGAAUCUCAUGUAUUUGGAUGGCCAGAUGAAGGAGAAUGAGCCUUUAAUCUUCAUGAUACACACUAUGAUUGAGAACUCCGCGCCAAGGCCUCAGCUGUACCAGCAACUGAGUCCAGAAGACUACCGAGAUGGCUCCUACACAUACAGACCAGGAGAGCUGGACGUGGACACGAAGCUCAGUAGGUUGUGUGAACAAGACAAGGUGGUGCGAACCCAAGAGGAUAAACUGCAGCAGCUCCACAGAGAGAAGCACACACUGGAGACGGCGCUUCUGUCGGCAAGCCAGGAGAUCGAGAUGAGCGCCGACAACCCAGCGGCCGUGCAGAGCGUCAUCCAGCAGAGAGACGUCCUGCAGAGUGGCCUGCUCAGCACCUGCCGCGAGCUCACCCGCGUCACCACGCACUGUGUGCUGCUGUGUCCCCAGGAGCUGGAGCGGGCCUGGAGGGAUCACGACCGGCUGGAAGCCGACGUCACCACAGCCAAGACCAACCUGCUGGAGAGACUGGAGGCUCUGGGCAGCCCACAGACUGAGCCCCCAAGCCAGCAGCAUGUGCAGAUCCAGAAGGAGCUAUGGCGGAUCCAGGAUGUGAUGGAGGCUUUGAGCAAAAACAAGCCACAAAGAAGCGUCGACACCAGCUUCCCUGGUACAAAAUCAGUAAUAAAUGUACACAAAAAUGAGGAGGUAGACCCUGUGCCCCCUCGACCCCCUCUCCCACACUCCUACGAGAGCAGCGACUGCUCGCCCGCGGUGCCACCUUUGGCACCCUCCACUGGCUCCGGCACGGGCACCAGCUCCAGCCAAGGGCACCUGCCCCGGCCUCUCCAGCACCAGAGGAACGGCGCCCAGAGCGGCCCCGACUACCGCCUGUAUAAGAGCGAGCCGGAGCUCACCACCGUGGCCGAGGUGGACGAGUCCAACGGAGAGGACAAGACAGCCGAGCAGGCUGUAGAGAAAGAAUCUGCCAGUGCUAAAGGAAUGCCCUAUCCGGUAGGCAUCGUGCCUCCCAGAGCAAAGUCGCCCAUAACCGAGUCCUCCAGCAUUGCGUCCUAUGUCACUUUAAGGAAGAGCAAAAAGCCUGACUCCAGAACAGAGCGCCCCCGUAGCGCGGUGGAGCAAAGCGGCUGCGGCACGCUGGAGGGUGUGCGUCCCCGCAUGAGCGUGGAGGAACAGAUGGAGCGCAUCAGGAGGCACCAGCAGGCCUCGCUCCGCCGCCGAGACUCCAGUGGGGGGGCUCAGGAGAGUUCGCUGUCUCGCAGCUCCUCCUUCAACAGGGAGCAGAUCUCCAUCAACCCCUACUAUACCCUGCAGAGCUCCAAGCGGGGAGAUGCAGUGUCCCCAGACAGACAAAGGUUGGAGGCUUCGCUCCAGGCUCUGGAACAGGAGAUGCUGGAGAGAGCGUCAGCCAUGCUGAACACGCCAUCCAGCCAAGUCCCCCAGCCUCCCAAACCCCCCGCACAGGAGGAGGUGUUGGCUACAGAAGAGCGGAUGAAUUCCCCUCCUGUGGAGCAGAGUAGCCCCAAAGUUGAAGAGAAACAAAGGAAGGAGGAGGAGGAGGAGGAGGAGGAGGUGGAGGGGAAAGAGGAGGAGCAGGAGAGGCAGAGGAGAGAGGAGCAGAUCCUAAUGCUGGGUUCUCAAAACAGCCUGCAGACUGCUGUGAUGGUCAGGGUGGGCACCGAGGAAGACGACGACGAAGAAGAAGAGGAGCAGGAGAAGGUGAAAGAUGAAGAGAGGAAGAACAAUGAAGAAAAAGAACAAACUUCUGAGAAGCCCCAUCAGGAGCUGGAAGUUGAGGCCGAGCAGGGCACGAUAAUCAACUACUCCUACGAGCUGCCAGAUGAAACGAACAAACACAACCAGGUGGUGUCAGUGAACAACCUUUCCACUCCGCCGCAGUCCCCAGCUUCCACUCCAACACCGUCGUCUCCAUCGCCCCCAUCUCCUCCGCAGGUCGCCGACGGCUCCCACUUCAUGUGUGUCUAGUGCCAACACAGCUGAGACCUGGGCAUCUGUGAACAGCCACACGUGAGAGAGUCGCGGAGAGAGAGAGAUAGAGAGAGAGGGGCAGCGAUGCAACUCGACUCCACUCAAGAUGGCGGCCCGCGGCACCGCACGGCAGCUCCAGAUGCCUCGCGCUCAGUUCCCGCCGCUGCACCGUCGCAGCCAAGGCCUGAUCACAUAGAUCAACAUAUCAACACGCUGGACCCCCACACUCCCCUGUCCUACCACAUAAAAAAGUGUUGCCAAUAUUAUCAUCCUCAUCACAGAUUAUUAUUAUUAUUAUUAUUAUUAUUAUUAUUAUUAUUAUUAGGACAGAGUUGUAUUGUGUGUUUGGGUGGGUAUUUGUGUGUGUGUGUUUGAUAAGCAUGAGGUGCCUGUGGGCUGUUCGGUGGUGCGGUGAGGAUGUGAGGCCUGCGCAGCUGAGUACAGGAGCACCUGCGCUCCUUUUCCAUGCUCGAGGGUGAGGUCUUCAGGCGAGGGAGAGAGAGAGGGAGGGAGGGAGAGAGAGAGGGAGGGAGGGAGGGAGGGAGGGGGGGGGAGGUGUUCGCACAUGGUCAUGUGUACAAACACACAAACACACAUGUGUUCGAGUGCACGUUUAAUGUGCUUUCCGUGCAUACAGACACAGGUGCACACACUUGUAGGAAACAAACAAUACGUAAAACCCAAAACAUCUACACAUCAACAGAUAACACCCUGUUUAUCUGUCUCUCCCUCUCCCUCUCUAUCUCUCUAUCUCUCUCUUUCUUUUACAUGCACUCAUACUCACAUGCACAUGCACGCACAUGCUGCAUACACUUUUAACUCAUGCUGUACCCAAGCCAUGCAAGUGUUAUUCAUUCAAUUCAGGGUUACUCACCGUCUGUGUGUUUUUAAAAAAAGAUAUAAAGAAAACUGUCUCAUUUUGCUUUUUACCAGUGUUGACAUUAAACAUCAUAGAUGCAUUUUCUUUCUUACAUCUUUUGCACUGUGUAACACCUUGUUGUUUUGUAGUAAAAGAAGUUUGUGUUCAAACUGUUUAUAUAUAGCUAUAUAAAUAGAACAUGUAUUAACAAUACAUUCAGCAAGGUGCCACUUUACUGCUGCAGAUGGACAUUUGAAUAUUUUAUUGGGUUUGUAAUUAUUUAUAAAGUCGGAUAGUCCACAGCCCCUGCCACACUGUUGCCGACACACACAUGAAUGUUCUGGCUUCUGUAUUUUAUUUUUUAAUAAGGCUGAGAUAUAUUUAAAACAGAGAGAAGAUUAAAAGAGUAUUAAAAGAUUUUUAAAUGGAUUUAGUCUUGCACCCCUUGGGCUUGUAAGACAUAUAGAGGACAAAUAGCACAUGUAGAGAAAAAAAGCAAUAAGGAUUCUGACGUUGACAUUUCUGUAAAAACAUGUAUAGACCAUUGUGUAUAUAGUGUACACCAUACUAUGACCAGAGCAGAGAUCAAAAGAAAAUAACUAUUAAGAAGUUAUACUUAUUAGAGUCAAUAUGCAAAUGUUCAUAUCUCAUCUGUUUUAUAUCAUGUGAAAUAAAUGUUGAUGUUCCUAUGCAA